AUGUUUGCGAUAAUAUGUGGGAUCUCGUUGGUAUUGUUCAUUGUAAUCCAAUGGUAUUCCAAGUCUAGAAAAAGCAAGAACUCACCUCCUUCUCCUCCAAAGCUACCCAUUAUAGGAAAUCUCCAUCAACUUGGUAAAUUCCCCCACCGCACAUUUCUAUCUCUAGCUAAAAAAUAUGGCCCUGUCAUGCAAAUCCAUCUUGGUAGUGUUCCAUGUCUCUUGAUCUCAUCCUCCGAAGCAGCACGUGACGUGAUGAGAACCCAUGAUCAUCAUUUUGCAGACAGACCCCAAAAGAACAAUUACAAGAUACUUAUAUAUGAUUGCAAAGAUGUUUCAACUGCUCCUUAUGGAGAUUACUGGAGACAGUUGAGGAGCAUCUCUGUCUUGCAUCUUCUCAGUGCUAAAAGGGUUCAAUCUCUUCGCUCCGUACGAGCCGAAGAAAUCAGUUUAAUGAUGGAGAAGAUAAAGCAUUCUUCUUCUACUUCUCAGCCGCUUAAUUUAAGUCAACUCAUCGCUUCCACGGUAAAUGAUAUUGUUUGCAGGGUUGCUUUGGGAAGAAAGUAUAGUGGUGAAGAAGGAAAGGGAUUUAAAAAGUUGUUCAGGGAAUUUACCAAUUUACUCGGUAUGUUUAUUGUUGGAGACUAUGUACCUUGGCUUGAUUGGGUCACCCAUGUCUCUGGAACUUAUGGAAGAGCUAGAAGAGUCGCCAAACGCUUUGAUGAUCUUUUGGAGGAUGUUGUUGAAGAUCAUAUCAAAACUCACAAACAAGCCAAUCAUGAUCUGGGUGAAGAAAACCAUAAAGAUUUUGUUGAUGUUUUGCUUUGGAUUCAAAGGACUGAAGCACUUGGCUUUCCUAUUGACAGAAUUGUCAUAAAGGCUCUCUUAUUGGACAUGUUUAUUGGAGGUACAGGCACGACGGCUAGUUUGCUGGAUUGGGAAAUGUCAGAGCUGAUAAAGAAUCCGCACAUGAUGAAGAAAUUGAAAGAAGAAAUAAAAAGUGUUGCAAAUGGUAAAACACACAUAGCAGAAGAAGAUUUGGUUAACAUGAAAUACUUAAAGGCAGUGGUUAAAGAAACACUACGAUUACAUCCUCCAUCACCGCUACUAAUCCCUCGAGUAAACAAAGAAGAUACCGAAUUCAAUGGUUACCAUAUAAAAGCCGGGACACAAGUUAUUAUAAACAUUUGGGCGAUUGCAAGAGAUCCUGCAAAUUGGGAUUCACCAGAAGAAUUCAAGCCAGAAAGAUUCUUGGAUAAUACAAUAGAUGUUAAGGGUAAUGAUUUCACAUUGAUUCCAUUUGGAUCAGGGAGAAGAGGUUGCCCUGGGGUUGUGUAUGCUUUGUCUGUAAAUGAAAUUAUGUUGGCCAACAUUGUGCAUCAGUUUGACUGGGAAAUACCUGGAGGCUUUGAGACAUUAGAUAUGGCUCCAUCAACUGGCUUUCUUGCGCAUAAAAAUACUCCUAUUAUCGCUCUUGCAACUCCUACUAGUAACUAA